AUGUUGGAGAGGGACAUCACACCGCCGCGAUAUACGCGUUUUAGAUCCGCAAGGCAUCCCCACAUGCAUGCAGUCCCCGAGGAUACACUCACCGCUUACAGUACGAAGACUCCAGCAUCGCUCCGUCAGGACGCAAAGUGUGAAGACCUUGCAUGUCGACGACAACAAGAGCGCAACCGUUACGAGCGAGCGCGCUUCCUAUACGAGAACUAUGACAAAGAGAUCCCCGGCGGUCUCAUCUGCUAUAACUGCGGUGUCUUCCAUCCGCGCAGCCUGCGUGGGAAGCAGAAUCUGCGCACCUACCCCGUUCACUGCAAAGGUUCAACAAGGCCCAAAUCACUUAAGGACUUCCUCCAACAUCGCACCGAGUUCUCCGUGGUCAUAAUAUGCUGCAUCUACGUAUCCUGGCUGCAGGUGCACCAGACAGCCCGGUCUCUCCGCCACGGCCCACAGUACGGCGCCGUCACGCUGAACUACCACCACGCAUACCGCAAUCUGGGCACCAGAUGCUUCUGGCAAACCGCCUCGAAGGCGCUCCUAGUCGACGAUCGCAUACUCGUCCGCGCCCAGCACUUCACGCCCAUCGGCACCGUCAUCGAAACAACACCAACACGCCUGAUGGAUCAACACGCCGAACUCAUCUGCCCCCACACGCGCUCCACGUUCCUGUACUCGAGCCAGCGCGCCAACGACAUCAUGGAAGCGUGCCGCCUCUUCUGCCGCGCCCACGCAGCAGCUUCUUCCCUUCCCCCUUCCCCCUCCAACGAGACACCAGAUACUAGCGAGACGAGAAUGCUUCAUGGCUUCGUUCACAGUCGCUACCGCUGCCCGCGCUGCCCGACCGAGUGCGUCAUCGAAAUCCUCCCGCGAGCCUGCUUCGCCGGCGCUCACAUGAUGGGCCGCACGGUGCAACAGGGCCGCGAAUACGUGCUGUGCCUGUCACAGUAUCUCGACUUUGGGGCGUGCAACGCACCGGAAGAGCGCGAGUGGAGGGCGCUUUCUACCUGGCCGGCAGAGCGGCCGGAGGGGAACUGGGGGCCUGUGAGGCAGCGCUGGGCUAAGGGUGAUGAGGCUCAGGUGGAUUUGACGGGGACAGAGGGUAUUUCUGUGCGGUUUGAGAGGGCGCUGAGGGGGCUGGGCGAGUCUGUCAGUUGA